GGGGGUGUUUGUUGUGUCGAGCAGGCUGUUCUCAGGUCGACGCAGAGCGGUGGCAUCCACUGAACUCACAGCUCGUUGGGAGGAGAGUAAAACGAUCCCAGAUCAGCGUCUGUUUUGGUGUCAACCCAUUCCUCCCUCCCCUCGCGCUGCUACGCGCGCGCGCCAGCCUCGCGAUAAUAACCUCGUAGAAUCAAAGCUCCGCUCGCGAACUGGAUGCUGACAGGCGCGCGGUGCGGUCAUCAUGCAAAGGUUACGCUGGAUCCGCUUCAAGAAGCCGCUCCUCCGCAGCAGGACCCGCCACGGGUGACAACAUGCGAGACGUGUAGCUGCGCAAAAAAAGACGGACUGAAACAAACAAAACCCCUCCUCCUCGGUUCCAAAAAGCCUGUUUCGGCUGCAGCAGGUUGCCGAACGAUGGACGCAAGUUUGGGGUUUCCGCAGACCGCAGCAGUGUGCGCGCUGGCUCCUCUCGGCGGUAAACUGGCUUCAUGAGUGUCCAAAGUAACAGUGGAAGUGGUGGUGGAAGUUUGGAGGCGACGCCAUCUUGGUCGCAGCUCUCCUCGUCCCCAACGGUUUCUCAACAACACGUCGCCGCGGCGGCCGCGAAGAGCAAGGAAGGCCCAAUGGAGGAGCUGCACAGCCUGGACCCCAGGAGACAGGAGCUGCUGGAGGCCAGGUUCACAGGAGCUGUCAGCGGCAACACUGGAGGCAGCACGGGGAGCACCAGUGGAGGUGCUAAGGGUCUGGCCAAUGAAUCCUCAAACCACAGCUAUGGAAGUCUGGGAUCAUCGAGUGACAAAGAGUCAGAGAACUCUGAUCUGAAAAGAGGGAGCUCUCCUGCUUACUCUACCCCAGAGAAGAAACACUCUGAAUCGUCCAGGGGCAGGAAAAGGAAAGCUGAUACCUAUUCUGAGAGCAGUCAAGGGAAGACUUCCACUCGUGGGCCGAAGAUCAGUGACUAUUUUGAUUUCCAGGGUGGAAAUGGUUCCAGUCCAGUUCGAGGCCUCCCGUCUGCUCGCCGCUCACCACAGAGCUCACACUCUGCUCCUGGCUCCAUUAUCCGUCAGAAUAGCUCCUCACCCACCAGUCUGUGCUUUCCAGAGCACAGUCUUAAAGCUUCUUUAAGCAAAUGUGUCCAGACGGAGCUGACAGGCCUGAAACUCGCUGCUCUGGAGAGCAACAAAAGUCUGGACCUGGAGAAGAAAGAGGGACGAAUAGAUGACCUGCUCAGAGCCAACUGUGACCUGCGAAGACAGAUUGACGAACAGCAAAAACUCCUGGAGAAAUACAAGGAGAGGCUCAACAAGUGCAUCACCAUGAGCAAGAAGCUGCUCAUAGAGAAGAGCACCCAGGAGAAGCAGUCGUGUCGUGAGAAGAGCAUGCGGGAUCGCCUCCGCCUUGGUCACUUCACCACUGUGCGACACGGUGCCUCCUACACGGAGCAGUGGACCGACGGAUAUGCAUUUCAAAACCUGAUCAAGCAGCAGGAGAGCAUCAACCAGCAGAGAGAAGACAUUGAGCGACAGAGGAAGCUGCUCGCCAAAAGGAAACCUCCAAACCCCGCCUCUCCCUCCCUCUCCAUGGCUUCCACAUCUGAACCCAAGCAGCGCAAAACGAAGGUGGUCAAUGGCAACGAUUCAGACCCCUUCCUCAAGCCCUCCCUGCCUCAGCUACUGACACUUGCAGAGUACCACGAGCAGGAAGAAAUCUUCAAGCUUCGCCUCGGUCACCUAAAGAAGGAGGAAGCUGAGAUCCAGGCAGAGCUGGAGAGGCUGGAGCGAGUGAGGAACCUUCACAUCAGAGAGCUGAAGAGGAUAAACAACGAGGAUAGCUCGGCGUUUAAAGACCACCCGACUCUGAAUGAGAGGUACCUGCUGCUGCACCUGCUGGGCAGAGGUGGCUUCAGUGAAGUCUACAAGGCUUUCGACCUGUUUGAGCAGCGCUAUGCAGCUGUUAAAAUCCACCAGCUCAACAAGAACUGGAGAGAGGAGAAGAAGGAAAACUACCACAAGCAUGCAUGCAGGGAGUACCGGAUACACAAGCAGCUGGACCAUCCCAGAAUAGUCAAACUGUAUGACUAUUUCUCCCUGGAUACUGACACAUUCUGCACAGUCCUUGAGUUCUGUGAAGGAAACGACUUGGACUUCUACUUGAAGCAAAAUAAGCUGAUGUCGGAGAAAGAGGCUCGCUCCAUCGUCAUGCAGAUUGUCAGCGCCCUGCGUUACCUCAACGAAAUCAAACCCCCCAUCAUCCACUAUGACCUCAAACCAGGUAACAUCUUAUUGGUGGAUGGGACAGCAUGUGGUGAGAUCAAAAUCACAGACUUUGGUCUGUCGAAGAUAAUGGAUGACGACAACUAUGGCGUGGAUGGGAUGGACCUGACAUCACAAGGGGCAGGCACCUACUGGUAUCUCCCACCAGAAUGUUUUGUCGUGGGGAAGGAACCACCUAAAAUCUCUAACAAAGUGGACGUCUGGUCUGUGGGAGUAAUCUUCUUCCAGUGUCUCUAUGGACGCAAGCCAUUUGGCCAUAAUCAGUCGCAGCAGGACAUCCUUCAGGAAAACACCAUCCUCAAGGCCACAGAGGUCCAGUUUCCAGCUAAACCACAGGCCAGCACAGAGGCCAAGGCAUUCAUCCGCCGCUGUCUGGCCUAUCGUAAGGAGGAUCGGUUCGACGUUCACCAGCUGUGCUCGGACUCCUACCUCCUCCCUCACAUGAGACGCUCCAACUCCUCUGGCUCCCUGCAGCCCUCUGCCUCAUCUCUUCCCACCUACUGAUUCCUUUCACCGCUGGGACCCUCAGGUCAAUGUCGAGGCACGAUCGUAGCCGUCGGAGAAUUAUAGACUUGGAUUGUUUUAUUUUUAUUUUUUUUUGUUUCCCUGAGCUGUUCCUCGAAAUGGAUAAAAACGUGACAGAACUGAAUAUUGUGGGAACUCUGAAGAGGAAGAGGAGAACGAUGGCUGCCCCUGAACUCAGUUGUAGGUGAGAGAGAAGUGACGGUGUGGAAAGGGAAGAGGGCCUGGGAAAGCACAGCACUGUUUUUUAAAGCAAGAAACAGAAGUGAAGAAAACUGAAUUACCACAUCAGGACUUCCUGGAAGCAAUGUCCAAACCCUCGUAGCUCUACACGCCUCCCAUCUACACAUCAGCAUGUUCUUUACAAGGUGAAGAACGUUCGUCAACGUGAAGCUGUUGUAGUCGGCUGCCGUUCACAUAUUGAUCAUUUACAUGUGAUGAGACAAAAUGAUGGUUGCAUUUGAUCUACUUUUAGUCUCCACACAUCGGGGAUCAUUUUAAAAGUACACCUGUAACCACGGCAGGACUUUGCACUUCAGAUCCAGGUCCCAUUCAUCUGGACUCAGAUUUGGUUUGAAGCACCUCAGUGUGGCCUAGUUCUUUACAAAUCCAACACGUUUCCACUCUGCGGAAAAAAGUGGAUGGUUUUAUUUUUUGUUGUUGAUGUUUGGAGUAUCAGUCUUAAUCCUCUUCUGUUGUUCAGGUAAGAGUCAGAGCAUCUUAGGAAAGUACGUUGCAAUACCGUGUUGAUGUGGAUGUCUCCAUCUGUCUACAGACUGUAUUCCAAAGGCCUGACCCGGGGCCAGGGAAUUACAUGUACAUUUCAUGUUCAGAAGACAUGGCUCACUAACACAUAUAUUAUAUCGAAGCUUCUCCUCGCUUCUUAGUUCUUCAGUUUGGUUCCUCUGAAGAGCUCUUCUCAGUUUGCUGCUAUAAAUGUUGCUUUUAGUUAACAUGUGAAUGAUUCUCACCUUGCAUCUGUGCAUACAUGAACUGUGUUUAAAGAAACUUUCAGAGCCUGUUGCUGUCCAAAGGGAUGCUCACCAAUCGCCUGCUUGGAUUACAGUGGUUUGUAAAAGCCCAGCAAACCUGUAGAGUGAAGACCAAGUAUGCUGUGUUGUGUUCAUGCCAGAGGAAGUGAGCACGCUCCGGUGUGGCUGAGCUACUGCGUCAUUAACUUCAUCUGGAAAUUAAAUGGAUAUAUCAACAUGUGGUUGUGUAAAUAAAACACUUACCUGAA